CAUGCGGUUGUAGUUACACACACGCAUUGUGUGCCUUCAAACUUCUUAGCUUUUAAGGUUAUGUUUUGUUUUAACUCAAGACAUUUGAUGAAAAUAGUGUGUUAUAAUGGUAUAUGCAAUCUAGAAUAAGCACUCUUCCUAUUUAAUUUUAAUACAUUUAUUUAAAAAAUAAUUAAUAUGGAGGAAGAUAAUCCAAGUAAAAGAAUGAAGGAGAGUGGAAAUAUACAGUUUCAUGAAAUGGAAUUAGAUGACAGGAUUUUAAAGGCACUAGCUAAACUUGGAUGGCAGAAUCCAACUCUGAUUCAAGAAAAGGCAAUCCCAUUGUUAUUGGAUGGUAAAGAUGUCCUGGUCCGUGCUCGCACUGGAUCUGGGAAAACUGGUGCAUUUGCGAUACCCGUUAUACAAAAGAUCCUGACCAAUAAGCAUGUUGCAAAAGAGCAAGCUGUAAAAGCGUUAAUUUUGGCUCCAAGCAAAGAGUUGUGCAACCAGAUCCAUUCUCAUGUAUUGGAACUGACACAGAAGUGUUCAAGAGAAGUCAGGUGCAUAGACAUCUCUCCGCAGAUGGAUAUAGAAGCCCAGCGUCCGUUGCUGAUCGAGAGACCAGAUAUUGUGGUGGCUACACCAGCCCGAGCCCUACUGCACCUUACAGCUAAGUCCUUGUCGCUCAAGAACUCUCUGGAGAUGCUCAUCAUCGAUGAGGCAGAUCUCAUGUUUUCCUUCGGCUAUGAGGACGAUGUCAGAGAAGUCUUAAAGUUCCUGCCACGAGUGUAUCAGGCCACCCUAGCCAGUGCCACACUCAGCGAGGACGUCCUGUCUCUCAAGAAACUGAUUCUGCACAAUCCGGUGACGUUGAAGCUGCAGGAGUCGGAGCUGGCGCCUGUCACUCAGUUGGAACAUUACAUCAUUAAUGCCGAGGAGCAGGACAAAGCCGCCAUCCUGUACGCAUUCCUCAUGCUGCGGCUCAUACGCGGCAAGACCAUCAUCUUCGUCAACACCGUCGACAGGUGUUACAAGCUCAAGCUAUUCCUGGAGCAAUUUGCUAUCAAGACAUGUUUGCUGAACUCGGAAUUGCCAGCCAACGUGCGCUGUCACGCGGUGACGCAGUUUAACCAAGGUGUUUACGACAUCAUCAUUGCAUCCGACGAGAACGCCCUGGAGAAAACACAAUCCAACACUGCACCGGCAGACCCAAAACAGAAAGGGAAGAGGAAACGAGAUAAAGAGUCCGGAGUAGCGAGAGGUAUCGACUUCCAGCAAGUGUCAAAUGUUAUCAAUUUCGAUUUUCCACUUGAUUUAAGCUCUUACAUCCACAGAGCAGGCCGCACAGCCAGGGGUAACAACCAGGGAACAGCACUCUCCUUUGUCAGCGUGAGGGAGAGACCUAUGAUGGAAUUAGUUGAAGAGCAUUUGAAAAAUGAUCUUUCACAUACUGGUUCCAUUUUCAAAACAUACCAGUUUAACCUGGAAGAAGUGGAAGGCUUCAGAUAUCGUGCUAAAGACGCGUGGAGAUCUGUCACAAGAAUUGCGGUUCGAGAAGCCAGGCUUAAAGAAAUCAAAGAAGAAAUGUUAAACAAUGACAGGCUAAAGGGCUUCUUCGAAGAGAAUUCCACGGACUUUAAAGCGCUGAGGCAUGACAGAGCUCUACAUACGGUGAAGUUCCAGCCACACCUGGCCCACGUACCUGACUAUCUCGUGCCUUCUUCACUCAAGAAACUGGAUAUCCCUGGCGUUAAGACCACACCUAAGAACCGUAGUGGAUCUUAUAUGAGGAGAAAGUACAAGGUGAGACAGAAGAAUCCUCUGCAAACCAUGGAAUUUGAGGGAUUUAGAGGAAAAUCAGAUAAAAAAUAAGUACAAUUAAAAUGUUUAAUGUACAGUUUUUAAGAGGAGGUUUGACAUUGUGUAUUGUUUUCUUUGUUAUAAUUGUACAAUAAAUAUUUUAUUAGUAAA